UAUGAAUUUGUCAUCAACACUGAAAUAAAAGAAGAUGAAAUGAAUGUGACAGAAUUCAUACUAAUGGGACUGACACAGAAUCCUCAGAUGCAGAGAAUUCUAUUUUUGGUCUUAUUUAUCACCUAUCUCGUCACUGUCAUGGGAAACCUGCUCCUUGUGGUGACCAUAGUCUGUAGCCAGACUUUGGACUCCCCAAUGUAUUUCUUCCUGGCUUUCUUAUCUUUGAUAGAUGCCUGCUAUUCCUCCUCCAUAAUCCCUAAAAUGCUGGCUGAUUUGCUUACUGGGACAAAAGCCAUCUCCUUCAAUGGCUGCCUGACACAGCUCUUCCUUGAACAUUUCUUAGGUGGCUCAGAGAUUGUCCUCCUGGUGGUCAUGGCCUAUGACCGCUACGUGGCCAUCUGUAGACCUCUGCACUACGUGACCCUCAUGAGCCACCGCAUCUGCUGCCUCCUGGUGGGGGUGUGCUGGAUAGUCGGCUUCCUUCACUCCAUUGGGCAGAUUCUAGUGACAUUAUGGCUCCCAUUCUGCGGCCCCAACACCUUGAAUCACUUCAUGUGUGACAUUUUCCCCCUGCUGCAAUUGGCCUGCACUGACACUUUUUUUGUAGGUCUCUUUCUUGCUGCCAAUGGUGGAGUGACCUCUAUGAUCACCUUCAUAACAUUGUUGAUAUCCUAUGUGGUCAUCCUGCACUCCCUGAAGACUCACAGUUCUGUGGGGAGGAAAAAGGCCCUUUCUACCUGUGGCUCCCACAUCACAGUUGUCUUUUUAUUCUUUGUGCCCUGUAUUUUUAUGUAUCUGCGACCAGUAGCCACCUUUCCAAUGGAUAAAGCCAUAGCAGUAUUUUAUACACUUGUCACUCCCAUGUUAAAUCCAGUUAUCUACACAGUGAGGAAUGCAGAGGUGAAAAAUGCUAUUAGAAUGUUAUUAAACAGGAAUGCAAUUUCACAUAAUAAAUGA